CCCCCUUGUGCACUAUGAGAUCACGUGACAUUGGCACCUAGCUAUUGAGUAAACAAGCAAGCUUCUCACCGCUUCCUUUUAUGCCGCCCUCGUUCAAACCCUUGAGCUACAGCAACGACUACCUGUCGAACAACCAAUUUGAUUUGAUCAUCGUGUUCUUUGGGUUUUAAUUACCCAUACAGUGGUUUUUUCAGCGUCAAAAUCCGCCUAGUUUGGGGAUUUUUGUGGUCGCACUGAAGUCGAAAAUUUUUGACCCAAGUCCUUUUCCUAGGUAGAGACUGAAACCCCUAUUUUCAAGGGGAGGUCUGGUCAACCACAUCACCACGUUGUUGUACGGCAUCUCUAGUGAGAUAUGGCUACCUACCCAUCACCGUACACUCCAUGGUAUCCCGGGAUGUUUGAGGGCAAAUGCCCAGUUAUAGACUUCUCGUAUGAGGAGGUCACAACAACGCAGGGGGAAGCUAAGAACGUCUCUGCCCAUGCCAAGGAGGAACCAAUAGCGGUCUCUGCCCAUGCCAAAGAGACACCAAUAACUGGCUCCUACCAGCCAGAAGAAUGGGAGAUACAAGAUAUCCGCCCAUAUCUAACCUCAAGGGAAUGGAGGAUAUAUUUGAACUGCCAUCCCAAGCACAGGAGUGAGUUGAUGAUGAAGGCUAAUGAUCGAGCCAAUAUGGAAACUCCUCCUGUGCUACUUGGCUCGAUUUCGUCUGAAAAAACAAAAGAGGAGAUUCCUAUCUCACAGGAGGAUAAGCGGAGCAAGCAAUUUGAGGCUGGCUCUACGAGCAAGAUGGCAGAUCUCGCUGCCGGCAACGUUGAUGUCAUUGAGGAUAAUGUGAAAUCUUAUACCAGGGGGAUCCUCCCACAGAAGAGGAGGAUUUCGCAGCCAGGCGAUAUUGAUAUCGAGGAUAAUAAAAUCCUUUGCCGGAGGGAUCCUUCUCUCAGUGAUGGAGACAGAGUCUAACCAGCAAUAUCGACUAUAAAAGACUGGCUAAAGAUGACUAGAUCACUUAAACUACAACGGGUAUCGUGAUCUUAAAAACUGGCAAUGCAACGCUGCAGAUAGGCACAUGAGGGAAGAACAAGCAUAAGAAAUGGAAAAGAGCAGAGAAUCGAGUGCAGAUCAGAUCUUCUUCUCAAGCUUCUUUAUAAACCUGUUCA